CUCUGUUCGAUAUCAGCAAUCCACUGCCGAGCCGAGCGGGCCAUCAGUCCACCACCCAGCAGCUGCGUUCUCUUCUCUUCCGCGUCUUCUACACUACACAUCCUAGCUAGACUGAAAUGGGCACACCGGCGCAGCUCAGGCUCUUGUCUCUCCUCGCACUCUGCGUUGCGUCGGCGACGGCGGACUGGAGCAGGGGGACGGCGACGUUCUACGGCGGGGCGGACGCCUCCGGCACGAUGGGUGGCGCGUGCGGAUACAGUAACCUGUACAACCAGGGCUACGGCGUUUGGAACGCGGCGCUCAGCUCGGUGCUGUUCAAGGAGGGCGCGUCGUGCGGGGAGUGCUACCUCAUCAUGUGUGACACCAGCAAGUCCGUGGAUUGCAAGCCCGGCGCCGUCACCGUCACCGGCACCAACCUCUGCCCGCCCAACUGGGCUCUCCCCAACGACAACGGCGGCUGGUGCAACAACCCACGACAGCACUUCGACAUGUCCCAGCCGUCAUGGGAGACCAUCGGCAUUUACCGCGCAGGCAUCAUCCCCAUCCUCUACCAGAAGGUCAAGUGCUGGAGGCAGGGAGGGAUGAGGUUCAACAUCCUAGGGUCGAAAUACUUCCAGCUCGUGCUCGUCACCAACGUCGCCGGCAGCGGCUCCAUCCAGUCUAUGUCGGUCAAGGGGACCAGUACGGGGUGGAUCACCAUGACCAGGAACUGGGGCGCAAUCUGGCAGUGCAACUCCGUGCUCACCGGACAGGCGCUCUCCUUCAGUGUCACCUCCACCGGCGGCCAGACGGUGUACACAUACAACGUCGUGCCCGCGUGGUGGGACUUCGGGGGGCAGACGUACGCCAGCAACAACCAGUUUGACUAUUGAUCGAUCCAUGCAUAUGAUUCCUUUCCGCCAGCGCGCGGGGGAUUCGAUCCACGGAUAAACACAUGCAUAGUUUGUGGUGCCUGGCGCCACUCCCACAGAUGAAUUAUUUUGGUUGACUUAAUGUUGCCUGCAAUGUGGGGUGAUCUGGAUUUUGAUAUGUAUUUCCUUGUUAUCUAGUAGUUCAUUAAUGUGUUUCGAACUUUUUUCA